AUGACUAACGAGAAGAAAGCUAAAGCAGGAAAAAAAGGUGACCAAGAUCUGGACGAUCUCAAACGUGAACUCGAAAUCGAUGAUCACAAAGUACCAGUCGAAGAACUUUUCAAACGAUAUGGAACUCAUCCAGAGAGAGGUCUAACGGAUGCCAAAGCUGCUGAAAUUUUCGCACGUGAUGGUCCGAAUGCAUUGACACCACCGAAAACAACACCUGAAUGGGUCAAAUUUUGCCGUCAAAUGUUCGGUGGUUUCGCUAUGCUCUUAUGGCUUGGUGCCGUUCUAUGUUUUAUUGCCCAUGGUAUCAGUGUUGCGACAUAUGAAGAAGCACCUAAUGACAAUCUUUGGCUUGGUGUCGCUUUAACAGUUGUCGUGUUUGUUACUGGUUGCUUUUCGUAUUUUCAAGAAGCAAAAAGUUCGAGAAUUAUGGAAUCAUUUAAAAACAUGGUGCCGCCUCAAGCACUGGCUAUUCGUAAUGGUGAAAAACGAAACUUGAAAGCCGAAGAAUUAGUUGUCGGCGAUCUUGUCGAGGUUAAAUUUGGAGAUCGUGUUCCAGCAGACAUCCGUAUCUUGCGUGCACAUGGCUUUAAAGUAGACAACUCAUCGUUAACUGGAGAAUCCGAACCGCAAUCACGUGCACCGGAAUGUACCAACGAUAACCCACUUGAAACCAAAAACUUAGCAUUUUUCAGUACAUUUGCUGUCGAAGGUACAUGUUCUGGCUUGGUUGUUCGUACUGGUGAUCGAACUGUUAUGGGUCGUAUUGCCAAUUUAGCAUCGAGUUUGGAAACGGGUCAAACACCAAUUGCACGUGAAAUUGAACAUUUUAUUCAUAUAAUCACUGGUGUCGCCGUAUUCCUUGGUGUUUCAUUCUUUGUUAUUGCUUUCAUUCUUGGAUACCCAUGGCUUGAAGCAGUCAUCUUCUUAAUUGGUAUUAUUGUAGCUAAUGUACCUGAAGGUCUUCUUGCAACAGUCACUGUCUGUUUAACCCUAACAGCUAAACGUAUGGCAAAGAAAAAUUGCUUGGUUAAAAAUCUGGAAGCUGUCGAAACACUCGGUUCAACAUCAACAAUUUGCUCAGAUAAAACUGGAACACUGACACAAAACCGUAUGACUGUCGCACACAUGUGGUUUGACAAUCGCAUUGUUGAAGCCGAUACAACUGAAAAUCAACAAAAUGCUACCUACGAUAAAAGUGCACCGGGAUGGCUCGCUCUCAGUCGAUGUGCUAUGUUGUGUAACCGAGCUGAUUUUAAACAGGAUCAAGAAAAUUUAAAGAAACCUGUACUUCAACGAGAAUGUAAUGGUGACGCUUCAGAAUCAGCUUUACUGAAAUGCGUCGAAUUAUCCAUUGGUAAUGUAAUUAAAUUUCGUGAACAAAAUCGAAAAAUCUGUGAAUUACCAUUCAAUUCAACAAACAAAUAUCAAGUUUCAAUUCACGAAACCCAAGAUGGUGAUGAUCGAUAUCUAUUAGUGAUGAAAGGUGCACCGGAACGUAUUCUUGAACGAUCGUCGACGAUUUACAUUGAUGGCACGGACAUCGAAUUGAAUGAUUAUUGGCGAGCAGCAUUCAAUCGCGCUUAUCUCGAAUUAGGUGGUCUCGGUGAACGUGUCUUAGGUUUCUGCGAUUUACGUUUACCAACCAGCGAGUUUCCACGUGGUUAUGAAUUCGAUGCAGAUGCAGGAAACUUUCCAACAGGAAACUUACGUUUUCUUGGUCUUAUGUCUAUGAUUGAUCCCCCUCGUGCUGCUGUACCUGAAGCCGUUGCUAAAUGCCGCUCUGCUGGUAUUAAAGUCAUUAUGGUUACUGGUGAUCAUCCAAUCACAGCCAAAGCCAUUGCUAAGGCUGUUGGUAUUAUUUCUGAGGGACAGGAAACUGUUGAAGAUAUUUCGCAACGUUUAAAUAUUCCAAUAGAACAAGUCAAUGGCGCCGAUGCUAAAGCUUGCGUUGUCCAUGGUAAUGAUUUGAAGAAUAUGUCACCAAGUGAAAUCGAUGCACUAUUACGUGAUCAUUCGGAAAUCGUCUUUGCUCGUACAUCACCACAACAGAAACUAAUUAUUGUUGAAGGUUGUCAACGUCAAGGUGCAAUUGUCGCUGUCACAGGUGACGGUGUCAACGAUUCACCAGCUUUGAAGAAAGCCGACAUUGGUGUUGCCAUGGGUAUUGCGGGUUCUGAUGUCAGUAAACAAGCAGCAGAUAUGAUCUUACUUGAUGACAACUUCGCUUCGAUUGUCACGGGUGUUGAAGAAGGUCGUUUGAUUUUUGAUAACUUGAAAAAAUCCAUUGCUUAUACAUUAACAUCGAAUAUUCCUGAAAUCACGCCAUUUUUAAUGUAUUUAAUUACGGAUAUUCCAUUACCACUUGGUACAAUCACUAUUUUAUGUAUUGAUUUGGGUACUGACAUGGUACCGGCUAUUUCAUUGGCUUACGAAAAAGCAGAAUCAGAUAUCAUGAAACGACGACCACGAGAUCCUCAACAUGAUCGACUUGUCAACGAACGUUUAAUUUCAAUGGCUUAUGGUCAAAUUGGUAUGAUUCAAGCGUCGGCUGGCUUCUUUACCUAUCUUGUCAUCAUGGCUGACAAUGGGUUCUGGCCCAGUCGUUUACUCGGCUUACGUAAAUCGUGGGAAUCCAAAGGUCUUAACGAUCUUGAAGAUUCAUACGGUCAAGAAUGGACAUAUAACCAACGAAAAACACUUGAAUAUACAUGUCAUACAGCUUUUUUCGUUUCCAUUGUCGUUGUACAAUGGGCUGAUUUGAUCAUCUGUAAAACACGACGAAAUUCAUUAGCCCACCAAGGAAUGAAAAAUUGGAUGCUUAACUUCGGUCUGGUUUUCGAAACAGUUCUCGCUGCUGCUUUAUGUUAUACACCAUAUCUUGACAAAGGUCUCAAUAUGUACCCACUUAAACUUCGAUGGUGGAUACCUGCUAUGCCGUUUUCCUUAGCAAUCUUCAUCUAUGAUGAAGUACGAAAAUACCUUAUACGCCGAAAUCCAGGUGGUUGGGUUGAACAAGAAACAUACUAUUAA